AUAAACAAGGACAACGACUGAAGAGUGGUCACUGUUUUUUUAAUCAAUCAAAUUAGUUUGUCGGCUUAUGCAGAUUAUUUAAAAUUUUGUGAUGUCGAGCCUAAUUUAUUUGGGAUUACUUUUAUUCAUCGGUAGUGUGUAUUCCGUCAAUGAAAAUUUAUUUUGCUACUAUGGAACGUGGGCUACAUACAGACACGGUAAUGGUAAAUUUGGUGUGGAAAAUAUCGAUCCUUACCUUUGCACCCACAUUGUGUAUUCCUUUCUCGGAAUAUCUGAUGACGGAUCUCUCAAAAUUUUGGACGAAUAUCUUGAUUUGGAAGACAACUGGGGACGAGGCAACAUAAAAAAGUUUAUUAAUUUGAAGCAGACCAAUCCAAAGUUGAAACUGAUGUUUGCUGUCGGCGGAUGGAAUGAAGGGUCGUUAGGCUUUUCAAAUGUUGCACGGGAUUCGUUUAAGCGCCAAAAAUUUGCCAGUCAAGUACUGCAGUUUUGCCUGGACUAUGGCUUUGAUGGUUUCGAUGUAGAUUGGGAGUAUCCGGGACAACGAGGCGGCGAAGUGUUAUUAGACAAGGACAAUUUUGUGCUUUUAUUGAAAGAUCUUCACAUCAAGCUAUCACCGAAAGGUAUUUUAUUAACUAUAGCUGUUGCUGCAGCGGAAUCUUCUUCUAGUAUUUCUUACGACAUACCAAGUAUAUCCAGGUACGUCGAUUUUAUUUUAUUGAUGGAGUACGACCUUCACGGUCCCUGGGACGACAAUGUCGGAUUAAAUGCUCCGCUAUACGAAAGUGAUUUGGAUCAAACAGUCAUUGAGAGACAGUUAAAUGUAAACGCUAGUGUUCAUUAUUGGCUACGAAGUGGUGCACCAAAAAAUAAAUUGAUUUUGGGCAUGCCAUUGUAUGGUAGAACAUUUUCGUUAAGAGACUCGACAAAAACGGAUAUCGGUGCAAGCCAUAAUGGUCCUGGUAUAGCUGGAGUGUAUACAAACGAGCCUGGAUUCAUGGGAUAUAAUGAGAUCUGCGAAAAGAAAUUAUCCGAACAUUGGUCCCGAAUCUGGGAACCACAGCAACAAGCACCGUAUUUGAUUUUCAAUAAAAAUUGGAUUAGCUAUGAUGACAGUGAAAGCUUAACUCUUAAAGCACAAUUUGUCAAGGACUUAGGCCUGGCUGGUGCUAUGCUAUGGUCAAUAGAAACUGAUGACUUUCUUGGUAAUUGUGGAAAAGGAAAAUUUCCACUUCUCAAUGUCGUCAGUUCUAUCAUUCGAAGUGGAGUAACUGAGGAGACAACAACAACAACAAUUAGCCCGACCACAACUUCUUCAAGCGAACCAAUAGAGUUUCUCUGUCCCUCGGAUGGUUUGUUCAGAGAUCCAAAGGAUUGUUCGACAUUUUAUCUAUGCGCUGGUGCAAACACAUACGAAUUUUUCUGUCCGAACGGUCUACUGUUUGACAUUAACUCUAGCACUUGUAACUGGCCCAAUCUAGUUGAUUGUUAAACACGAAAAAUAAAACUUGAAAUUUGAAU